AUGUCCGCCCCCGAUCCCAAAUCGACCACUUUCCAACCGCUCAACGAGCCCACCGGAGGCUGGCCCGCAGCAAAAGUCACCCUCCCCAUUCCGAUGGGUCCCGUUGCAGCCCGAACCUCGGUCGACAUUGCCACCGCCCGAUCCUCCGCCGACUUCGACCCAUCCCGAAUCGAAGACACUCUCCGCGACGCUCGCAUUGACAACCAAUCCCGCAUUGCCGUCAUGACUAUUCUCUCCAAGGACCCCAUUUUCGGUAACUGGAAAAAACGAAUGUUCCAUAUGAAUCGAGAACAACAAAUGCGUCAAUCCCACUUCGCCUGUCGUCGCCUUCUGAACCUUGCCGAAGAACACGGCUGGUCCACGCACGAGAUUAUCGAAGCUGCUCUGACCCUCGAUUUGCAGAGUCCGAUUACUAUCCACUGGGUUGCCUUUGUUCCGGUUAUUUUUGGACAGGGCAGUGCCGAACAGAUUGAACGAUGGGGGAAUAAAGCGAUGAAUCAUGAAAUUUUGGGUUGCUAUAUGCAGACGGAACUGGGACAUGGGACCAACGUGCAGAUGCUGGAAACUACUUGUACUUAUGAUGAGGAGAGCGAUGGAUUUGUGCUUCACUCUCCGACAUUGACGUCAACCAAGUGGUGGGCAGGAGGGUUGGGGACCACGGCGACCCAUGGUGUGGUGCAAGCACAGUUGAUUAUCAAGGGGAAGCGAUAUGGUCCGCAUCUCUUUUUCACGCAGCUCAGGGACAUGGAUAGUGGAAAGUUGCUCGAUGGGAUUGUAGCCGGAGAUAUCGGACCAAAGACGUAUGGUGCCUUUGCUGGCUUAGACAACGGUUGGGCUAGGUUUAAGCAUUUCAAGAUCGCCAGAGAUCAUAUGCUUUCUAAGCACGCUCAAGUUAAGAAGGGUGGAGAGUAUGUCAAGCCUCCCAGUGACAAACUCAGCUAUGGUGGUAUGAUCUUCAUUCGUUCCCAGAUGAUCGAUCGCACGGGAUGGAUGCUCUCGCGAGGUGUAACUAUUGCUACUCGAUACGCCCUCGUUCGUCGACAAUUCCGCGACCCUAGUUCGAAGGAUAUUAACGAUGUCGAACGCAGCGUUCUCUCCUACCCUUCCACCGCACGACGUAUCCUCCCGCUCCUCGCCAAAGCAUAUGCCUACAUCUUGGCUGGACGACGCAUGCGCACUCUGUACGAAGAUAUGGCCCAACAACUCGAACAAGGAAACACGGAACUUCUCGCCGAUGUCCAUGUCGCCUCCUCUUCCCUCAAAGCCUAUUGCACAAAACAGGCUCUCGAUGGAAUCGAAGAAUGCCGUCAAGCUCUCGGUGGACACGGUUUCUCCGCCUAUGCCGGCUUCACCUCUGUUUUCCCCGAGCAAGCCCCCGCGGUUACGUACGAGGGAGACAACAUCGUGCUUGCUUCCCAAGUCGGUCGUGCGAUGCUUAAGAUCUCGAGCGAGCUUGAUUCUAACGCGAACGCAACGAAAGUUGCUGCUACGUCUGGAUUCCUUAAAGCUAUCGGAACCAAAGGAGCGAUUCCGUUCCAGCAGCCGAAGCAGGCAAGCGAUUGGUAUAAGCCCGAGGUGUACUCAGCAGCGCUCGGGCUGAGGGCGGCUCAAUUGGUGGUCGAUCUUCGAGCAGAAAUCAAGAGUGGACGUCCAUUUGGAGAUCUUUCGUAUGAAUGCAUCGAGGUGGCCAAAUCUCAUGCUGAAUUUGUCGUCGAUCUUUGGUUCGGUGAAGGGAUUCGUGACGAUGCUGAACGAUUGGGCGAGAAGGAAUGCAAGUGGUUGAACAAGCUAGUGACUCUUCACGCCCUUACUGCGCUUUCGAGGAACAUCACCCCUCUCGUUCUUCCCGCCUCAAGCGGCCGGAAUCUUGCCGGAUACUCGACCAACCAAGCUAUCCUUCACCCGGACUCUGUCAUUCUGCUGGAAAAAGCAAUCAGAGAACUGGUCAAGGAGAUCUUGCCUCAGGUCAUCGGCCUGAGCGACGGUUUCGGAUGGUUGGAUUGGGAACUAGGCUCCAGCUUGGGGAGGAAAGACGGAAGGGUGUACGAACAGUUGAUGGCCGACGCAGAGGCUAACCCGCUUAAUCAUCCUGGAGCUGUACCUGGUCUGGCCGAGAUUGAUAAAGUCGGAGUGUACAAGUAUGGAUCUGAGAACAUUGGAAAGGGAGUUCCUGAUUGGUACUCUACUGAAAUCGGACCCAUGCUUAAAGCUGCUGCGAAGAGAAGUGCCGAGAUUUAA